CGCGACCGAAUCGCACGUGUGUUACGGACUUUAAACCCAUAUUGACAAAAAUAUAAUUGCAAAGCUUCAAAAGCUCUUCUAUUUUGUGGUGUAAUUGGCAUCAAAAUUAUCGUUAGUUGGUUUUUUCUUGCAGGGGUAUCGCGAGAUGACGAUGGACGUGAGUAAGACGGAGUCGUGCAAGAAUGGAGCUCCUCAACAGGAAUGCGCGGGCUGUGGAAAAUCGAUAACAGAGAGAUAUCUCCUGAAAGCUCUAGACAUGUUUUGGCAUGAGGACUGCUUGAAAUGUGGCUGUUGCGACUGUCGACUGGGCGAAGUAGGUUCAACCCUCUAUACAAAAGCCAAUCUGAUACUCUGCAAACGUGAUUACCUCAGAUUAUUCGGUAACACUGGCUAUUGUGCUGCCUGCUCCAAGGUUAUUCCUGCCUUUGAAAUGGUCAUGAGGGCUCGAGCCAAUGUCUAUCAUCUCGAGUGUUUCGCUUGUCAACAGUGCAAUCAUAGAUUUUGCGUGGGUGAUAGAUUUUACCUAUGCGAAAACAAAAUCCUGUGUGAGUAUGAUUACGAGGAGCGACUGGUAUUUGCAAACAUGGCACUCCACCCACCGCCAACGGCAACUCUAGCACACAUAAAGCGUCAGGUGACACAUCUCCAGCCCCAGAAUGUAGCUGGGGCACAGGCGAGACAAACAAAUGGCGAUGUUGGUCAUAACCACAAUGGGUAUCAGCCAGCAGCCACAUCCACCGGUGCCCAUAACGCUCUAAAUCCUAUGAAUAAUUUAAACGGCAUCAAUGCACAAGCUACAUACGAUGCCAAAUGACAGUCGAAGUAAAAUGUUUCUUUUCGUCUCAGGAUCAGAGGAUCCUUUCCUUUUGGAAGAAAACAAAAAAGACAAGAAUGUGAGAAGCUGCCAAAAAGUGAAACAUGAUUGCUUGUCUGCACUCAAUAGAGUUCCUUUAUUAGUAAUAAGUCGAUAAAUUCUAAAUUAGUUAUCCCUGCGAUGGAUUUGUUCCAAUCAAAGGUAUUUAAAUUAAACCUACUAAUACAAAUUAAUUCAAUUUUAAUCAACUCACCCGUUGUAAGAAAACGAAAUUUUCCCGCCCCCUUGCCAUUAUUAUCAGGGAUUCUCCGUUCAUUUAGUUAUUAUCACUGAUGAAAAAUAUGUAGAAUCCGAGUUAUAAGGAAAAUUUAUUGAACUAUCUGAACCCUGUCAGUGACUUCCAUUUAUUAUAAUCCAAUCGUUAGAUUUUGCCACAGGCAAAUAUUUACUACUGUCCAUUUUCUCAAAAGAAUGGAAUUCUUUACGUAGUUGCUAUCACACUUAUUUUAAUAUAAUGCAGCAUUUCAAAUUAUGGUUUUUAAAAAAUGAAGAACGGUGGUUCUGGACUAAUUGCGAUCGGAAUUAGGAAUUGUCACUUUAUUUGGUGGUCAACGCUUAUUGUAAAAAAUCAGGCUAAAAUUUCUGAAGAAAAACUAAUGGAAUCGCGUGAAUAUUUUCAAUCAUUUUUAUCUAUUAUAUAUCUGAGCGUAGGUUAACCUCACGGAAAAGUUGGCAUGCAAAUAAUUAUGUGACACUGUUAAAAAUUUCUAUAAAUUUCAGUCAGAAAUUCGUCUGCCUUUUCAAUUAUAUAAAUCUACAUUGAAUUUGAAUUAAAGCUCAUUAAAUUUCUCACUUAUGAGUUAUCGAAUAAUUGCCAAUAGUUUUGUUACGUAGCAAUGAGAGGGAUGAUAUUCGCGAGAAAACUUUUUGUGUCAAUCUCAUCGCCCGUAGUUUGGUGAAUUAUCAGUUGUAAUACCACGAGACCUUCAAAAUUAUCGAGUAUUUCCCGAUAGGUUCGUUGCAAACAAAUGAAGGAGUCAAGUUUUUCAGGUAUAAAAAUCACGAGCGCCAGACGCGAGUUAUUUUUCCUGAAAAACUUGACGACUUUGUUUGUUUGCGGGGAACCUUGAGGGAAAUACUCGAUUAAUUUUGAAGCUCGAGCAGUAUUCGUCGGAUUAUUUUUUCAAUCCAGAUUUCGGUUAACGGAAUUGGCCCAUGAGAUGAACCUCACAGUUGUUAAAUACAAAUUUUAUUUUCAAAACAAAUAUAAAAUAUUUUAAUUCAAAUUAAGGGAUCGAAUUAAAUUUGUCAUUGACAUCUCGAGUUCAUUCGACUUAAUAUUAUUUUGUUUCUUAUAUAUGGGAACUAGCAGGCAAAAUUAUCAAAAAUCCUGUUAACGGAAAUUUGGGUUGAAAAAAUAAUCAAAGUAAUUUCGGUAUGAAGGGGUCAUAUGACCUAGAAUACUGAGCUCUGAUUAGAUGAAUCCAAAGGGGAGGAGAAUCUCAUAUUGAAUAUUAAUUCAUUUUUCAAGGAAACUUUUUGAAUUUUCUAGCUCAUUGUGGAAAUUGAGAAUCACCAGAAUAUUUAAGAAAUUAAUAUUUAAUAAAAAAAAUUUUAUUUCCAAUUGUAAUUUUCCAAUAUUAAAUAUCGAUAUGACAUAUGUUGCAUUUUUGCCGAAAGUAUGUGGGUAUAAAUGAUACGUAUUUCUUAUAUAUAGGAUUUUCCGUGGGGUAAGGUAUUAGUGCCAUAUUUUUUCGUCAAUAAAACAUCUGGUGCUUUCUAAAAAAUUGGAUUUCAUUAUUAGUAAAGAAGGAGCUACGUUUAUAAAAGACCUCUUGGCGUCUAGAAAAUACCCACCAGUUCUUUGAGAAGAAUCCUGAACUAAACAAAAGUGGUUCGAAAAAAGAAUUGGUAGAUAGAUCGGGUAUCCAAGCGAGAGUUAGCCGGAUACAACCCCCGGGGUAUAAUACUUUAGGGGUGACUUAGCGUCGUUUGAACUUUGAAUCUCCGUAGAGGCCCAGAUUGAUGCGCCCAACUUUUACAAUGCCUUAUUUGCGAGUCAGAUAACGAGUCUGAGUUAUGCCCAAAGUUUUUAAACACAAGCAGAAGAAAGUGAAGGGCGCAUAAGGAAAAAUGCUUUAUUUUAGGUCGUGUGUAAUGAAAGAGCCACAUACGUUCCCAGGUUCUGGUCGAGGGUAUGAAUGUACGAAUGAGACGAAUGACAAAUGAGGCCGAAUCAUACCUGCGAUGAAUGCUUCCCGAAAAGAAAACGUUAUUAAAAAACUUUGUAAUGUAUUUAAAGAUAACAGAAAAAAAUUCAAUACAUUCUAUUGUUAUUUAUUCCCACUAUAUCAUAACAAAAAAAUUAAAAUAACUCGAGAAAAUCAAUUUUAUGGUUAUUUUUCAAAAUAAAACCAGGAAUUUUCGCCGAACAAUGUUUGGAUCAGACUGAUCCAUGUUAUCGUAUUAUUUUCAUGAUCAUUCAUUCAAUUCUUCUAGGUAAAUACUGAAAUCAUAUGCCUAACUCGCGUAGAUUCACACGUUGUGUGAGAUGAUAACCUAAAAAUGUAUACUACCCUAUCCUUAAUAAUCUAUGAAUAAUAAACGUACUUUCGUUUAUUGAUCUCGGGAAAAUGUAGAGUGACUUUCCUGAUCAUCCAACCACGUUUUUUGUAUUAUAGU